AUGCGUCGUUUCAAUUGUAUUUCACAAGCAUGCAGUCUCAAUUCUGAUGCAUUUCGAAGUUGCCAAUAUUGCCGCCAUAUUCCAUACGUACCUUCCCCUCUAAAAGAUGUCGCGUGCAAUUCAAACAAACAUUCAACAACCAACUAUGCCAGUGACAAGGAAUAUAAAACGUGGUCCAGCAGCAACAGCAACAACAACAACAACAACAUCAACAAUAUUCAAUACCGCGAAUCUGACGAAUCUGAUGAUGAAGGUUAUGAUGCAUUCAAUGAGUAUCUUUCGUUGUGGAAACAACAACAAAAUAUUAACAAAAUCAGAGUACCUCAAGAAGUGCUGUUCAUUGCGCCACGGGGGAAAUCCAAGCAACAAUUUCCAUCACAUUCAUUGAAAACAGUUUCAAGCAAUCCAAGGACGACAAUUGCAAAUGAGCGAUGCAUUUCACACGAACAACACCCCAGUAAAAUAUUCAACACCAUUUGCAAAGCCAAAGACAGCAACAACAACAACAACAAUGACAAGGUCGAGACGACUCAUAAAGGAUAUGGCAUGCUUGGCCUUUUGAAAAGCUCUGACUUGCAGAUCAAGCAAAGAUUUAAUGAUAUCAAGAAUCUGGGGAAAGGAACGCCAAGAAAACAAAACUGA